UUAUAGCGGGACUGCGGUGGGCAUUCUGACACUGGGGGGAACUGACUUGGUGUCACUGACAUCCCCAGUUACACCAGUACAGUGAUCAGUGCUAAUAAAAACCACUGACACUGUACUAAUAGCACUGGGCAGGAAGGGGUUAACAUGGGGCGAUCAAAGGGUUAACUGUGUGCUGUUUUACUAAAUGCAAUACUAUGGGGCUGUGUCUGUAUGCUUCAUUGUAAGCACACUGCUUUGCAUGGCUGUGGUGUGCACAGCCAUGCGAAGCAGUGUGCAUGAGCUGACAGGGAGGAGAACGGUUUCGUUUACUAAC